CCGAUUUUCUACAAUAUACAAGCACUACAUAACUCCGGUAUUAUACGCAGUACACAGCGUUCAACAGGUACUUACCAUAGUUAAGGUGUGCUGGACAAUGAAGGACAUCACGUCGAAGGUGACCGAGAUGCCUGAAGAGCAAGAGGUGGAUACUGUUGUGCAGGCUAAUAAGAAGAAAAAGAAAAAAAGAAGAAAAGACUGACCAGUCAGAUGCCUCUGCAAAUGGCGAGCCGUCGGGCGGAGUAACUUUGCCACCAGGUGUUCUACCCCCAGGUGUAGACAUGGACACUAUUCUCAGGAUUCAGCAGAUACAAAAGAGCUACGAGGCGAUGACCAUGGCGCGUCCCCCAACCGCACCCAGCACCGCCGAGGAAGCCCAGGUGCGUGACUUCAAGUUCUGGAAAACACAACCAGUUCCUCAGCUUGGUAAACGGGUUGUGGAGAGCGCCGAGAAGCGCGAGACAGGACCCAUUGAGCCCAAUAAGGAAGACGGGGAGAUCAGACAGGAACCGCUUAACUUGCCAGAUGGGUACGAGUGGUACGCUACUGACAUCGACCAACCCGAAGAGCUGGAUGCCGUUUAUGACCUAUUGAAUGAGAAUUACGUCGAGGAUGGCGAAGCAAUGUUCCGAUUCGAGUACUCGAAGAAGUUCUUGCGCUGGGCGCUCAAACCUCCCGGGUGGCUGAGGAGCUGGCAUCUAUGCGUCCGGGCACAGGAGAGCAAAAAGGUUGUAGGAUUCAUCAGCGCUACACCAGCCCAUAUCCAAGUCCAUGACAAAGAGAACAAAAUGGUCGAAAUUAAUUUCCUGUGUGUCCAUAAGAAGCUCAGAGCAAAACGACUGGCACCAGUGCUAAUCAAAGAAAUCACUCGCCGAGUUCACCUGACCGGCAUCUUCCAGGCUGCGUUCACCGCCGGUGUCUUUCUCCCUACUCCUGUGGGCUCGUGCAGGUAUUGGCAUCGAUCGUUGAAUCCGAAGAAAUUGGUUGAUGUGCGAUUCUCUCACUUGCCGGCAAGCAUGACAAUGCAGCGCAUGAUCAAACACUACAAACUUCCCACGGCAACAGUCACCCCCGGCCUGCGCCCAAUGGAGGCGAGGGAUGUACCAGCGGUAACCGAAAUGCUCAACACGUACCUUAACAAGUUCGUGCUACACCCAAUCUUCACGGAAGAUGAGAUUGCACACUGGCUGAUCCCCAAGGAUGAAGUGGUCGACGCAUACGUAGUAGAAGACCCCGAGACAAAAGAACUGACGGAUCUUACCUCGUUCUAUACUCUGAGCUCAACGGUGAUAGGCCACCCGCGUCAUUCGACGCUCAAGGCUGCUUACUCGUUCUACCAUGUGCCUAACAAGACACCCCUGUUGCAGCUGAUGAACGAUGCUCUCACACUCGCGCAGGGCAAGAAGUUCGACGUGUUCAAUGCUUUGGAUCUCCAGGAGAACGGAAAGGUGCUCAAGGAACUGAAGUUCGGUAUCGGAGACGGUACUCUGCAGUACUACCUGUACAACUAUGCUUGUCCCACGAUCCAAAGCAAAGAAGUUGGGCUAGUAAUGUUGUGAUCUUCGACGUUUCUUGGGGUUGCUUGCGGUCACUGUGACAAAUCUGGCCGAGGAGACAUGUCUCCGUCAACACAAAUGCUUUGGUUUGAUUAUUCAAGUAUCUGUCGGUAUUGAAGCACGGCUGUGGUAGAUUAGCAUGUCCUGGAACGAUAAAGUUUUAAAUUCGCAAGGCGAUCAUACAUAGUGAUAACAACGCAGCGUAACUGACAACGCUAACUAUUGUGGAUGAGAACUACAAUAUGAAUUGGAAACGUGUUAAAUAUAUGAAUUAUAUAGCGGCGCUGUGGUCCACUUGGUGCAAAUAUUAUAUCGCCUAUAUAUAUAUAGUGUGUGUGUACUUAACAUACACAUUUUCAUUUUUCAUGCUCAUAUUUACGUAUUUUUGCUUGUAUACAUUGACACUCGAUCAAAUUAAAUGAGGUUGGCUCUUCUGUGCACACAACUUCAUACAUAUAUCUUAAAUUGUAAAGAUCUGUAAUGGAGAUUCAUUCGUAGAUCAACUGUGUUUAUUUUAAUUGUGUCUAUGUUAUAUGUAAUGUUUAAAGCAAUGUACGUGGAUUGAAAAAGACCGAAGACAUGUCAUCACGACUUACUAUUGGCUAGCUGACAAUGGUUCAUCAGGGACAUCGACGACUCUAUCUGCACCAACCAUUUGAUUGUAAGCUUUCUGAGCUAUUACCGUGGUAGGUGCAUUGGUGUUUCCAGAUACCACUGUGGGCAUUACGGAGGCAUCGAUAACCAUUAGUCCUUCCAUGCCGUGUACUUUAAGGCCAUUGGAGUGAUCCACUACUGCCAUGGGGUCUGAUGAUGGACCCAUUUUACCAAGUAGAUACUGGGUGGUAGAUGGAUUCGAUAUUCUCGCGCAGAAACUCCUUGAUGUCGCUGUCGGUAAGGUUGUUAACAUCCUUGUCGCCAUAUCCACAGGUCGCCAGGUUAUCUUCUGCUAGGGCCUUGGAUUGAAUCGACUCGAUGCUUUUUCGUACUGCAGCAACCAUGGGAUCAAAGUCGGCGGGCACAUCGUAAUAUUGGGGUCAAUGAGUGGCCCCUCCAUUGGGUUAACCGAAUUCAGAGCGACCGUGCCGCGAGACUCGGGCCUCAUAUAGCACGAUUUGGCUGUAAGACCACCACCGUAUCUUAAAGUGGCACCAUGAUCUUUGUAGUAAAAGGGUGCGACAUGCAUUUGGAUAUCGUUAGCGGGAAUGCCAGGCUUGCUUUUGAAGAAUGAGCCGACAAAUUCAUUAUCUCCCACGAAUGCCCCUUCUUUCUUAAAAAUAGCUAGGAAAAGGUGCUUAAUCUGACUUUGUAAGUUGGUGAGCCCGAUUUGCAGCGGCAUGCCUAUUCUCGAAGUUUUUGCAUUCACGGCGAUGUCGGCAUGAUCCUGAAGAUUCUGGCCCACUCCAGGCAAUUCAUGUACUACAUCAAUUCCGUGCCUAUUAAGCUGCUCCUUGGGGCCAAUUCCUGAAAGCAUACGUAACUGUGGACUGUUAAACGCGCCACCGCACAGGACAACAUCAUUCGUUGCUUCGAAUGUUACCGAGUUGGCAGCAUCUGCGCUGCCGGAUACCACUGCAUGUACUCCAGUCGCACGUUUGCCGUCUGUGAGUACCUUUGUGGUAUGAGCGUCGACAAUAACAUCCAGAUUUGGACGAGCUCGGACCUCUGGGGUCAGAAAGGCAACCAUUGCUGGUUUUCCAUCCUAAUUCAUUGCCUG